UAAAAACAACAUCGAAGAAUGCAGUAGAAAGUGGUAUAAGGAAGUCGAUUAUUUCCGAUUUUCUUUAAUAAAUGGCAGCGUUUUUAAUUAAAAGCAAUGGAAAAGGAUUGUGAGGACUCGACGGAAGGCGAUUCAACCGAGUUUAAAUCAGUAGAGAAGAAAAGGGUACGAUUAUUAAGGCCGCAGACCUUGCAGCCGAAAAAAACUUGUCCUAAAGAGGAAAGGCAUUCUAAUUUAAGAAAGGUCUCUCUAAUCCUCCAAAAGCCUCCAGAUGAAAGAACUCCAGAAGACCAUAAAAGCUUGGAAGGUCUUUCUGACUUUAUUGAUGAAGCUCAGCAGCGCCUCAAGAGGAGAGUGGCAAUAAAGAAGAGACUGGAGGAAUUCGAGGAUCCUGAAGAAGUUCUUACCCAAAAGUGCCAAGUAUUGGCCCAAGCUGUGGCCCAGAGUCGACAUUUGGUGGUCUAUACUGGGGCUGGAAUUAGUACUGCAGCUAAAAUUCCUGAUUACAGAGGUCCAAAUGGAAUAUGGACAAGACUGAAGGAAGGAAAAGCAAUUGGAGAUCAUGAUUUAUCUCUAGCAGAACCAACUUACACUCAUAUGGCCCUUUAUGAACUCUAUAGGCAAAAAAUAUUAAAAUAUGUUGUAUCUCAGAAUUGUGAUGGGCUACACUUAAGAUCUGGACUACCUCGAACAGCCUUAUCAGAGUUACAUGGGAAUAUGUAUAUAGAAGUGUGUAAAAGUUGUAAGCCUCCUAGGGAAUAUUGGAGGCUAUUUGAUGUCACAGAAAGUACUGCCAGAUAUGCUCAUAAAACUUACAGGAGAUGUUAUUACUGUAAUGGAUCAUUAGUAGAUACUAUUGUACAUUUUGGUGAAAGGGGUAGCUUGCAGUGGCCUUUGAAUUGGAAAGGGGCUUGCAGAAAUGCCAAAGAAGCCACCACUAUUAUUUGUUUGGGUUCAAGUCUGAAAGUCCUAAAAAAAUACCCUUGGCUAUGGCAAAUGGACAAACCAGUAAAAAAACGACCAAAUCUAUACAUCGUAAACCUCCAGUGGACCCCAAAAGACGACUGUGCCAAUGUAAAAAUUAACGGUAAAUGCGACGUUGUCUUUAAAAAGGUUAUGGAGAUGUUGGGCAUUGAAGUGCCCAAUUACAAGAAGGGUAAUGACCCGAUUUUCCAUCACGCCAGCGAACUGAACGAGCUAGAGUUACAUACGAAUUCACAGCCCUGCCUUGUGCCCGGUAGUCCAAAACGGGAAGAAUUUCCUAAAAUUGAAUCCAGUAGCGUAGAUGUUAAGUCAGAUCAUGAAGAAGACUGUUUUAGUAGUAGUAAUAGUAGUUGUAGUACUUCCGAUCUCAAUUUAAACUGUGAUAAUUUUAGUAGCGAGGAGAAUUCCUUCCUGGAACCUUCCUUGGCAUUUUUAAGUUAUAAUUUUCUCCAAACGCGAAUAUUUGGUCCAUAUACAGAUCUUUUUCUUUAUCCAUACCAAACCAGCUUCUUAUAUUCCGGACUGCACAGUAUUAUUGAACCUAUGCCGGCAAUAAAAGAAGAAAAUUAUCCGAAAUUAGAGCCGGUAGUACCUGAAUCGCCUUCGUGCGACUUUUGCCAUCGGAAUUUUAAAACUUUGACGUGUCAAUUUUAUCAAAAAGCGGAGCCGGUUUUUGAAAAGCAAAAGUACCGAUAUAGCAAGGUGGAAAAGAAGGAGAAACCGAAUGUGUGUGUUUGCUGCGACUAUACAACAGAAGAAGAGGAUAUUGAGUCGGCUAGCGAGGAGGGCAGCAAAGAAGGCAGUAGCGACCAAAAAAUUAAGAUUCAAGCGGGUUGGUUUGGAAAAGGGUAUAGAAAAAGUCGUCGAUUUAAAAGAAAGGCCGUUGAAUAUAAAUAGGUUGAUGUUUUAAAGAAGUGUUGUGAAGGUACGAAGAUGUACCUUGUCAUUUGAAUAUUUCGAGCAGCCAAACGUUGUGCAUAUGUGUUCUUUUAGUGUAAUUUUUUUAACAAAUUAAUAUUAAUUUAUUGACUAAGCAUGUUUGUGGUAAAUGUCCGUUUAUGUUAAAUUAAUGUGUGGUAAAUUCAGGUUGGUGAAAUGUUAAGCAUUGUCGUGCCUACAGUAUUAAUGAGCUCCUUACGUUGCCAAAUCCGAUGGCAAUCCUAUUCUCCCUCAAACUAUUUGUAAAAAGAUCAACAGUUUGAUACCAGGUAUUGACACAUACUGGGUUAUUUUUCAGGGGUUAUCCGUGUCCGUAGAAUCACUCUCACAGUAUUCAUUACUAGACAGAAUCUCUGUUGUUCUUUAGGACCACUAAUUACGCAGAUCACAAAAACAAAAACACGUGCUACCUCUGGGACAGUUAAGAUACAACUGGGUAGAAAACACUGAGAUGGUUACUGCUAUAGCAGUAAGAGCGCCAAAAUUACUCCCCACUCAACUAACAAACAGCUUGCCUAUGCAAACUAGUUUCUCCUACUAAUAAAGUUUUUUCUACUUUAAUAAAAAAUAAAGGUCUUCAAGGAUUGGUGGCAGAUCUUCUUCAAGAAAGUGUAAAUAUACCUGUCCAUGAAGUCUUGUUGGGCGAAAAAGUAAGCCUAUUAUAUAAUCAUUAAUAAUGCCAGUCCAAACAUUUAAUAAGAACUGUUCUUGAUGAUUUGAUUCAAUAAGAUUAUUCAAUAAUAAUUCGUAAGGAUUUUCAUCCGCCCAUAAAUGGUUAUUAAGGAAAUUUCUUAUUGAGUUUCGAGAAAAAUUAGCUUCAUCAGUAAGAAGAAUGUGCCUAUCAUAUAGAGGAUUUUCCAGCUGGUUAUAUCUUUGAAUGUGAUAUGGGAAUAACAAAUAUACAAAACUACAUGUGAAACAUUAAAAACAUUUUUUUCGGGCUAAUUUCGGAAUUCUUAAUUUCGCGUGAAAUUCCUUUAAGUUCUUUCCGGUGUUCUUACUGUUUAAAUGACUUCUUUAGGACUGUGAUCCAUUUUAAAGUUUCGGUCUCGUGAAGUCUAUGAAUCCUAGAAAAUGUUCUCGGAUCGGGUAUUCGCCAUUUGGAUACCGCUCUUGGUAGAGCCAUCUGGCUUUGUAUGUACUUUCGUCUGCAAGCUCAUAUAAGUAAAAUGCAUUUCAGCUAAUUCAGUGUGUGUAAAAUUUACCAUUUUUGUUAUCACAUUUUACAACUUAUUCCAAUAAUUAUUUAAUAAUGUAACAUUUAGAGUCUACGUGAAAAGAAAGGUCAAAAAUUAUGACGCUUCUUCAUUAUCCAGCCCACUAAUUAUUUUUAUUUUAUUGGAUUUAAGAGGACGUUUAAUAUGGGUUUUUUUAAAAAUAUUCGAUAUCUUACCUAGGCAAUCAUCAUUGGUGAAAGUAUAAAAUUUGGUUUUUGUACCAAUAAAAAUAUUUCCACUCACUGUGGGUGCCAAGUAAAAAAAAAAAAAAAUUUUAAGUUUUUCGUUUUAUUUUUUUUUAACGAAAACGGUGCCUUGUACGAAAGUAACUCUAGCAACCAAAUUGGCUCCAAAACAAAUAGUAAUUAAAAAAAAAUAUAUUAAAAAAUUAUCAUUUCAAACCCCGAACGGACGUCACGUGAAAAUUUUAAAAAAUAUUUUACGUCAAAAAAUAAUUCUUAAUGAUACUUAUGGUGCUUACAAAAUGUACAUAAAAAUAUAUUUAAGAGUCAUAAAAAAUAUUGAUGAAAUACUUACUUUUUUCUUGAAAUUUUAACCGGCUCUAGCUCAAAAACUAAGAGGUUCAGGUCAUACUUUGAUGUAAAUUUUUUUAUUUAAAAUCACCUCACUUCCUGUAUUAUUUAUUUUUUUAAUUGUUUUAUUUAAAAUGUACAUUACAGUUAAACCACAGAAAAGAAAAAGAAACAAUCUGCAAUAACAAUCCGUGCAUAGUUACAACAAUCAGUUUAUAUGAACUUAAAUCAUAGGAGUUGUACAAUACAUAAAUGAUAUAAAGCAAUUAUCUUUUAAGAUUGUUCAGUCCAAUGGAGAAAAUGUCGAGGUUAGUGAAGUGCUCCACAUACAGUAAUGGCCAAAAGUAGAUAGACAAAUGGUUUUUUAAAAAAAUCAAAGGAAAUAAAAAUUCUAUAAUAAAGAUAUUUAAGUAUAUUAUGGGCAACAUAAACAUGUAUAAAAAUAAUAAAACAUUCUUUAGAAACAAUCACCUAAUUUGGUAAAUAAUAAGAAAUAACUAAAUAUACGCUGGACAAAAGUAGAUAGACAAAUUUAAAAAAUAACCAAUAUUCUUUUUUUUUUCGAAGUAUUAUUUUUUAAUUACAAACUAAACCGUCCACAAUAUUAGUAUUUUGUAAAAUACCCAUUAUUGUCUAUUACAGCCUGACAUCUACGUGGCAUUGAUUCAAUAAGAUUGUCUAUGAGUUUAAAACCGAUAUUUUUCCAUUUCUGUUGCAACCGUUCGAAUAAUUCACCUUUAUUUGAAUAGUUUGUAUCCCUAAUAUCACGAUCUACAAUUUCCCAUAAAUUUUCGAUGGGAUUAAGAUCGGGUGACUGGGAUGGCCAUUUUAAAACUGGUAUUUUUUCUUAUUCGAAUAAUUGCUUCAUAAUUUUGGAGGAAUGAUUCGGGUCGUUAUCUUGGAAUCUAUCGCUGGAAUUGGAAUCUCAAUGGUAAAUUGUCUUCGACAUAGGGCAACAUAACAUCUCUGAGAAUAUCCCUGUACAUAAACCUGUCCAUUAUGCCCUCUAUGCGAUGUAACGGGCCCAUUCCAUAACCUGAGAAGCAACCCCAAAUCAUCACUGAUGCACCUCCAUGCUUAACUGUGGGUUUUGUGUACUUGGGAUUCAAACACUGGCCAGAAAGACGUCUAACAUAUUGAAUUCCAUCGGAAUUAAACAAAUUAAACUUCAAUUCGUUGCUCCAGCAAACACGUUUCCAUUCAUGCUUCGUCCAGUGUAUAUGCUGACGGGCAAAUUCCAAUCGGGCUAAGCGAUUCUUUUUUGAAAGCAAUGGUUUUUUUGCUGGCCUACGUGCAAAUAGAUCUUCUCUUCUACCAACCUUCGUCUUACAGUCCUUGAGGACAUAUUACAAAUCCCUAAAGCCUGUAAUUCUAUCUGAAUUUGACGAGAAGUCAUGAAAGGGUUAUUCUGGCUAAUUUGUUUUCAUUUGCGUACAGCUCUAAUGAAAUUUUUUUUUGGUCGACCAGAUUUAUUUUUUGGCUCUAAUGAUCCUGUCCUUUCAUAUCUUUUGAUAAUUGCCCAAACAGCUUUUCUUUUAACAUCAAAUUUGACGAUCACCCGCGCGAUAUGCAUUAAUAAUCCGUUGUCUUAAAUCAAGAGAGAAUCUAAUUCCGCGUGGCAUGUUGCACCUUGAGUUAAAGAGAAGCAAUACUAUACUAAUUUUAUUUUAUAAAUAUUUAGACAAAAAAAUAAUUCCAAAAUUGUGUUUAUCUAUCUACUUUUGACCAGCUAUAUUUAUAUUAUUGCUCUAUCUGAUAGGAAGCAAAAUAUUUAACUGAAAUUUAUUGGUAUCUUUUUAAAGACCGCCUUACAAAUAACAAUAAUUUAAAAUUUAGGGGACCUGUGGGUAAAUCUUUAAACAAUUAUAUGAAAAUAACACUUUGUCUAUCUACUUUUGGCCACUACUGUAUACAGUCAAUUCUUUGAAUAAUGCAGUUUGACCAUAAUUUGUCCGACGACUCUUUGGUUGAAAUAGUUGCAAUAGCUAGUUCUCCUCGGCGGGAUCCUACCUCAUAAGUAGUCGCAAUAUAUUUAAUGAUUUAUAGGUUUGUAAAGAAAAGCUAUAGGAUUUCAAAUGGCGUGGUUCCAAAGACUGCAUUCCACAUAACUGUCUUGUCCCAUAUGUAAUAUAUUGGACCAGGAAAGAAUAUUUGAAUCGGCACUCAAUUAAUUAACAUCUUAUACAAGGUGUUUCAACUGAAAAAGUUAUUUUAUUUCGAUUCUGGAGUCCAAAAGUUACGCAGCAAAUCAACUUUUGUUUUUCUUAUACCACCCUAUGGAAAAAUAAUCCUGUAUAAAUUCUUAAGCGGUAAUUGCACUGCUGAUACCUGGCGUUUGACAAAUUGACUUUGAAAUUUCAUGACUGUUCCUGACUUUUUUAAGGUUCUGUAUUGUGUUCAUUUAUAUUUUUUAAUAUAUUAUUUAAUUUUUUA